UGGCACUAGCGCGGUGAGAAUACACCAUAACCUCAUUCGAGACGUUCGCUGUUUACACCGCUCCACUGCGAGCGUCCGUAGCAUCCCCUAUCAUUAGUAGCACCACCGUUAUCAGCACUUUUAACCCACUAUUCUCCAUCACUGUCGCCUCGCCUCAUAUUCCUACGUGUGUGCACAUGCAUAUUUGCAAUCUCGUAAUGUUCCACGUAAAUAGCCGGCGUUGAUCGCGAGUGUGUGACAGCCAGUGACAGCCCGAGUAGUGUGUACGCCUAACUGACAAGGCUGGCUAGUCUGAACAAGAAUGCCGUGGACGGCGAUGAUCAUGAUCCUGUCCGGCGCGGUGGCCGCGACUAUCGCGCUACAUUCUUCCACCGCCCUGGACAGCAGCAACGCGUUCGCGCAUCACGGCCGCUGCGAGCCGAUCAGCAUCAAUCUGUGCAUGGACAUCCCAUAUAACGAGACGAUCAUGCCAAACCUGAUGAACCAUCAGAAGCAGGAGGACGCCGGCCAGGAGGUGCACCAGUACGCGCCCCUGGUCAAGAUGAAGUGCAGUCCGGAUCUGCAAUUCUUCCUGUGCACCGUCUACGCGCCCGUGUGCACCAUCAUCGAGAAGGCGAUACCGCCGUGUCGAUCCCUGUGCGAGAGUGCACGGUCCGGCUGCGAGGGCCUGAUGAACAGCUUCGGUUUUGCGUGGCCAGAGGCCCUGGACUGCGCCAAGAUGCCAGAGAACGAUGGCAAGCAGCUAUGUGUGGGCACAAAUGAGACCACCACACCCCAAGAGCCAGCUGCACCGGUCUACCCACCGCCUCGUAUACCAGUGGCAGAGUUCCAGCCAUCCUGGAACGAGGGGCCGAAAUCGUAUGGCAAUGGUGGGAGCAGCGGCUUUGCUCUCGGUGCCAGAGACUUUGGCUUUGUCUGUCCAGUUCAUUUCAAGGUUCCCCAUGGAUUAGGAUACUCGCUGAAGGUUGGCGACAAGGUAGAGCAGGAUUGCGGGGCACCCUGUGAUGGAAUGUUCUUCACCGAGCGAGAAAGAAGAUUCUCAAGAGUAUGGGUUGGCACUUGGGCUUCCAUAUGUGCCGCAUCAUGUUUCUUCACGUUCCUGACAUUUCUGAUUGACACAGAUAGGUUCAGGUACCCAGAAAGACCCAUCAUUUUCUUGUCGGUGUGUUACUUAAUGGUGGCGCUGGUUUAUGUGAUCGGCUGGGUGUCGGGUAAUUCCAUAGCUUGUAGAGAGCCGUUCCCACCACCCAUAGGUAUCCGAGUGCAAAUGGCAUCGACGAUCGCCCAAGGUACCAAGCACGAGCUGUGCACGGUACUUUUUAUGGUGCUCUACUUCUUUGGUAUGGCAUCGAGCAUCUGGUGGGUCAUUCUGACUCUCACAUGGUUCCUAGCGGCCGGACUAAAAUGGGGGCACGAGGCGAUCGAGACUAAUUCGCAGUACUUUCACCUAGCCGCCUGGGCUGCACCAGCUGUCAAGACCGUCACUAUCCUGGCGAUGGGAAAAGUGGAAGGCGAUAUACUGUCCGGUGUUUGCUACGUUGGUCUCUGGAAUGUAGAGGCUCUUCGAGGCUUCGUGCUGGCGCCGCUAUGCGUUUACCUUCUACUGGGCACCGUGUUUCUGCUGGCGGGCUUCGUUUCGCUGUUCCGUAUACGGACGGUGAUGAAACACGACGGCACGAAAACCGACAAGCUUGAGAAACUCAUGAUUCGCAUCGGUAUAUUUUCCGUACUGUACAUAGUUCCUGCUCUGAUCGUCAUCGCCUGCCUCUUCUACGAGCAGGCGUAUUUCGAUCAGUGGAUGCUCACGUGGAACAUGGAAAUGUGUUCGCGGCCAGUCCCACAGUCUCUCUACUCAUUACCGUGUCCGGUCGGUGAGCGUACCCGCGAUCUCGGUCAUAGACCUGAAUUCGAGGUCUUCAUGAUCAAAUACCUCAUGGCGAUGAUCGUCGGUAUCACUAGCAGCUUCUGGGUAUGGUCUAAGAAAACCCUUACCAGCUGGCAGCAGUUCUUCCAUCACAUACGAGGUCAUCGAGCUGAGGCUUACGUUUAAGAAUCGCAAUUACAUUUCCUCACGAAGAUUUAUAUAUUCCUUUUUUUAACGAGAAUCACAAUGUGCAUUUCAUUGUUCUUGAGAGCAUAUAUAUAUAUAGGUCUUCGUGCGACUAGAUGUUCGUGCAGCUAAGGAGAUAACGAAAUAAUUGUCUCAGGAGAAAAAUGCUUGGGCUAUCGCGCGUCUUAUAAUGACAGUGAAUGCGUAUAUAUUGGGUUGACCGAAAAGUUCGUGCGAAUUUUUUAGUAAAAUUAAACACAAAAUUCUGUAUUAAUUGUUAAUAUUAAGAAAUUAAACGCAAAACUUCGCAGUAAGAAUUAAUAUAAUUUUGCGUAUAAAUUUUGCUAAAGAGAUCCGCACCGGUAAUGCAAAACUUUCAAUAUUACUUUUUAACGCAAAGCGUUGCGUUUGAAUUUCGCUAAACAAUUCCCACGGACUUUCCGGUUAAUCCAAUGCAUUAAGACGAUCGCACAGUCGUAGACAGAUUUGCAGUGUUAUAUUCUUUCGUAAGAAAAAUUACGUAAGAAUUAAAAAUGACGAUUCUAAGUGAUAUUUCUCGAAUUGCAUAUCAAUUCGGAUAAUAUCAGUACAUCCGUUCCGAUUGGAUCAACAAAACUUGUAAUUUAUUAUCGACAUCAGGAAAGCUAAAGUUUUUACAUUUUAUCUCAUCCAUUAUCCAUUAAUUACAUUAUACUCUCUAGCUUUAAGGAACCAGUGAUCAAUAGCAAUCAAACUGAUUAAGAAUCAAAGUUGCAACGAUGUGCGUCACGUUACGUUCGUCGUUUUCUCAUGAAUAAUUCAAAGCGCGUAGCGUUGUACGUGCGCUGUGCCAAAUGAGUUUUUUUUCUCUAUCUCUUAUGUAUCCACCGCGUGAUUCACGGUUCUUUGUAAAGUAUCUGGUCUAAGUGUGGUCGAUCAGUUUCAAAGUAUUACUAGAUGACAUUUGUUUUUAAGUAGCGUAAUCCCGUCCCUAUUUACGAGCGACUCGAUUUUCUACAUUUAAGUUGGAAGUGCUCAAACGCCCAGACAAAUAAAUCAGGGGUUCUAAAGCAGCUAAACAGAUUCGAGAAUCUCGUAUGUGAAUCAGAGAAUUUAGAUCUGAUGGCAAGUUUAAUUGGAGCGUAUUAAUCGACGCGCUCAAAGCUGUCGUACACGAAUUGCUGUCAGAAAUGUGUGUAAAAAGUACACAUGUUGAGUAUGUGUUCUUAUCCAUCGAGAGAGUCGCACAAUCGUAUUCAUAAAAAAGAAAAUAUUGUUACACUUUGUAUCGAUAAAUGUAGGACAGACUUUGGGCGCCCCAGUUUGCGCUCAAUCGUAAAUUUGCUGCAUAGAUUAAGAUCCUGAAGAUCAAGCAGAUUAUGAUGAUCAAUUAUUAUACGUAUAUCAUACUUUGCACUGCCGAAUCUUCCUAAUCUGAAUUUAUCAAUGACGUACUGAGAUCUAUUACGCUUAACUUUAGAGACGCGAAAAGCGAGGAAGAGAACGCAAUAAUACUCAAGCGAAAACUUUAAAUGGCUUUACGCCGGCCGAAAAUUUCUUUUUGUAUCUAUACUUAUUAAGGCUCUUUUUCGAUAAUUUUUUGUUUUAUUGCUUUUUAAGCGCGAUGAAUUUAUCGUCACUCAACGGUAAUGUCAAAUGUCAAGGCCGCGUCUCGACGAAAUUCUCAACGAGAAUUACUAUGUAAGAAUUAGCUUGUAAGAAGUGUGCGCUAGGCUUUAAGUUUAAAACGCCGAUUGUAUAUAAUUAUACAUGUUUUUUAAUUCUAUAUACCAUGUACUAUAAUAUAUUUUUAAAGAAUUCUGUACAUAUAUACACACACACACACACAUAUGUGACGAUGCGUUUCCUAUGCAUAAUUAAAUUUGCGCGAACAAAUCGUGAGAUACGUCCAACUGAAACUGCCGAGCUUUUGUGUAUGAGAAUUCUGUGCUGCGAUACGCGUGAUUAUUAUAUAUUUAUGUAUAUAUAAUAGCACACGUGAAAAAUAUAUAUGGAUCAUAUGUAUUUAGGCGAGAUAUCACACAUGACGACAUGUAAAUUAUGAUCACUAUAUUCUUUAUAUAAUAAAUAGAUGCAUAUAUA